AGAGACUCUGAUCCUGUUUUGUUUUUGUUUGGGUUUUUUUGUUUUACAGUUAAAAACAAAACAAAACAAAAACACACUAUUUACACACGACACACUACUGACUGCACGCCACACACACAUCGCCAAAAUUUGCUGAUGCGAGCACAAAUAAUUUGUUUUAAUAAAAACACAUACACCACCCCCUGACCCAUCGGCAAUCGUGUCAUGUUUACAAAUACAGUAAUACCACUUAAAUACUAUAUGUACUACACUAUUUAUUAAAUUGUGGACGUAUCCUGAUCACAGUAACAACAAUAUAGAUAGAACACAACAUGGGGGCUGAUGGAGGUACCAUACCCACACGAGGGGAACUGGUCAAAGUUAAGAAGAAAAAGGUGUUACUAGACAAAGACUAUGACUUGGAGUCCAAGUGGCUGCGUUGCGCUCUAAGUGCGCAACACUUGCGAGAGCCGAUUGUUGCAUGUCCAUUGGGCCGAUUAUUUAAUAAGGAGGCAGUGAUCGGCUUCUUGCUUGACCGGGGUAGCUAUGCGGACCAGGCUGGGUAG